UUUUGCAACGCUCGCGCACGCGAGCGAGCGGUGUGGUCAGCCUAUUAGAGAGUUUUGGAACUCACGCAUGAAAGGGUUCGGGCACAUUGAGGACGUGGAAUGAUGAAUUAUAUCAUAUUGGCGACCGUUUUCUCCAUGGUUUUUGCCGAAAAGUCACCUCGGCUGAAAUUCAUUGUAAAAGAGCCGGCCAGGUACCACUUCUCGAAACCGGAGAACUACAUGUCAGUGUACCACCAGGAGGGCACCAAUGUGCUGUACGUGGGGGGCCAGACAAUGAUCUACGUGCUGACUUUCACUGACAGGGGGGUCCGCGAUGUGCAGAUCCCUGUGGUAACCGAUGAAAAUGCAAAGGCAGCUUGCAUCGCCAAAUCAGACCCACCAAAGUUGGAGUGUGACAAUUUCAUCACAGUCAUUCAGAAAGUCAAUGACACUUUUGUGGUAUGCGGGACAAAUGCAGGAACCCCUAAAUGCUGGCUGCUGGUAAAUGACACUGUGCUGACUGACGCCCCCACCAAUGGACAGAUGGCACCAGCCUCUGACAUCUCCCCUCCCUACCCCUCCCAGAGGUCCGUCAGUCUGUCCGCAGAUGGGAAUCUAUACUCUGCUCUGUCAGCAGUGGGGCGUCACCCUGGCUCUAUCCGCCGGACCUACGGCACUCAGAAGCUCCUGAAGACUGAGACCAAGUGGCUGCAGAACCCCCAGUUUGGUGGAGCAGCAGUAAUGCCAGCCUCUCAGAAACACAAGGAGGAGAUCUACUUCUUCUUCAGUGAGAUCAACAAGACGGCCAUGGUGGAUGAGGAGCCCUACAGGUCGCGCAUCGGCCGAAUCUGCAUGGUGGAUGAGGGGGGCAUAAAGAACCUGCUGGCGGACUCGUGGACCACCUUCCUGAAGGCUAGGGUGAUGUGUGGUGCGGGUAGCACCCCCCAGCAGUACAACAACAUCAGACAGGCCUUUGUGCUGUCUGACGUGGCCCACGAGAAGAGGACCGGGGUCAUUUACGGCCUGUUUGCCAACGCCUGGGACACGACAGUGAUAUGUGCUUACUCCAUCGAGGACAUUGACCAGGCCUUCGCCACAUCCAAACUGAAGGGCUACAGCAUUCCUCUGAUUGGACAUCGCCCUGGCACAUGUGCCUUCAAGAACUCCACGGCAGCCCACAACCCUAAGACCCUAGUGGUGAUCAGGGACCAUCCGGAGAUUGAGGACGUGAUUCGUCCGGUCGGUGGUGCUCCGCUGAACCUGCCCACCGACGAUCACUUCACACACACUGUCGCUGCAAUUGUGCUAGCAGUAAACGACGAGCACUAUAGUGUGCUGUACCUGGGAACAGAACAGGGGAAAGUGCUCAAGGUUCUGCACACUAUCGAGGAGGCCUUUAUCAUAUCCCAGUACUCCCUCUUCCACAACGAGGGUCCUGUUCUAAGCAUGGCCAUCGACUCUAAGAAGGGCCACCUUUAUGUGGGCACGGCAAUGGAGGUCCAGCGCAUACCAUUGGCUGACUGCGGUCGCUAUGGAGACAGUUGCCAGGAGUGCAUUCUGUCUCGGGAUCCCUAUUGUGGUUGGGAUGCAGCCAGGAGGAGGUGCACACCCAUCCCAGCUGGAUACAACAUCAGCACUGGGGCACUCACUCAGAGUCUGGACCAUUCCAAUGCCUCUAUCUGUGGUGAAGCUUCUGCACCGAAGACCCAUAGGACAAACCCCAAACAGGUGGUGAUUGACUCGGACGGCCCCGUUAACCUCCCCUGCCCCGUGCGCUCCUUUCACGCCACCUACCGCUGGGAGAAGGACAACUGUAUCCAGCACUACCCCUGCUUCAUCACAGGAGACUCCUGUGUGCUGGAACCCACCCCUGACCUGCCUCUUAAGCAGGGGGUGUUCCGCUGCAUGGCCACGGAGAACGGCUACAAGGUGGAGCUGGUCUCCUACAGGCUGGUGAUCAACAGUGGGCCUCUGCCUGCCUCCUUGGCCUCCACCCUGGGGCCCUGCCUCCUGCUUGCUGCAGCCACCCUCUGGCUCCUGUAACCAUUGCAAAUGCUAAAGCUAACCCCUUAGCCUCUAAGGCCCUCUCUCUGACAGACAAGAGAGGAGGGACCACCAUACCCAGGUUAGGUUCGCAGAGCAUUGCUAUUAAUGGUCGGGUAAUGCGAUCAGUGUUGCCCACAGAGACUGUUUUCAGAAAAAAGUGUUUUUUUAUUUAAUUUACAUUGUUCGGGAAAUGCCUGAAAAUAAACAAAGCCAUGUAUUUUUUAAUUAUAUAUGGACUUACCAUACUAACCAAUACUGUACUGUUUAAACAAAAAAAGACCUAAAACAAACUUAAAAUACAUAACAUUUAAACUUAAUACAUUAACAUCAAUAUGGGUUUUAUGGAAAGACAAACUAUAUUAUCAUGUCUUAUUCAGAAUUUUAAAUACAGAUUCAAACCACAAGAUGUGCUUUGCGAACCUUGCCUGUUCCACCCAAGAGAUGACAUCUCAUGAGUUGGGUUAAAUACAAUACCAGGCCAAUUUCUCUUUAUGGUUUCUCAACUUAUUUUGAAACUUGAUUGUGCUACUUUGUGAAUAUUUGAAGCUUGAAUACUUCUCUAACAUCCAAACAUCCUGUUGAAUGUCAUAAGUAUAGGCUAGUAUUUAGAAAAUGUCUGGUAUUGAGUAAAAAAAAAAAAGCCUUAUUAACAAUUCUGGGACAUACCCCCUAAGCACAAUUUGCAGUAGAAGCAAAACUGAUCAAUUAUGUUGACUUGAAACUGUGAAUGAGGUGGCCAAGCCUUACUUUGAUGCUGGGAGGAAGUGUCAUCUUUUUGACAGGAAGUAGGUAGAAGAGCAUGAGCUCAUCCUCGAACAUCAUUGUGUCUCGGCAAGUCCUCUGCAGUAAAGGCAGUUUUUGCAUCAUUUUAUUGGAUAGUAUCAGACAUUCAUAUUAUGCUACUUCAUUUUCAAUAAACAUAAGUACAGUAAACGUCAUUCAGUGGCAGGUGAGGCCAAAUUAGAAUUGAGUAGAUGACAUGUAGAGUUAGUUGCAUUUUGUAGUUUGCUAUAUGAGAAAAAGCUUGUGAUUAUAUGAGUACUGUGUGUUAAGUAUUUUAUUGCUCCACAAAUGCUGAUUUCCACCAUUGCUGCCUAUGUAUAUGAAAGUUAUUCUUGAUGGUUCAAGGUUUUAUACUGUACAGAAGUCCAGAGAGGACAAUAAAAAAAUCCUUGUCAUGUCGAGAUAACAAUUUAUUUAUCUCAUGAUCACGACGUAACAAAAGUUGUUUUGCCGAGAUCACGAGAAUGUUCUCAUGAUCACGAAAAAACAAAAGUUGUUUUGUCGACAUCACGAGAUUAACUCUAUAAAUUGAUGAUAGAUUGACAUUAUGGCUGAGGCGGUAGAGCCCACGGUGGAUCAGCACAUAUGUUUCUAUUGAUUGCUACACUAAGGGAUGGUACAUUUCAUGCUAACAUGUCGCUCAUUGUCAGUUUAUAAAGUAGAAUGUUAGCAAGCUAAAUGUCCUUUACCUUGAGCAAAGAGUGGCAGAUAGCCAAAUGGUUAGAGUGUUGAGCCAGUAACUGAAAGGUUGCUAGAUCAAAUCCCCGAGCUGACAAAAUAAAAAUCUGUUGUUCUGCCCCUGAACAAGGCAGUUAACCUGCUGUCAUUGUAAUAAGAAUGUGUUCUUAACUGACUUGCCUAGUUAAAUAAAGGUUAAAAAUAAAAGACCUCUUGGGGCAUCUAAGCCUUCAUGGGGCAUUUGAGCCCUGAAUGAUGCCUGAAAGGAUGGCUUGUCUCCCAGGUUGUAUGCCAAUUGCAUGCAAGCAACAAUGCAGCUAACUUGGCUAGUCUUGUGAGUGUGUUAGCUAGGUAGUCUUAUUAGCCAGCUAGCUUGUUAUAUAUCUCAGAUUCCACCUUGUAGGGUGUUUCAUAGGUAGUGCUUCUUGCAGGCAGAUUAGCAGUCAGUGCAUUAUGUAUAUGAUCAAGAUUGGAUGCGCUUGAUUCUUGGCAGGCUCAUUUGAUUCAAUAACAGUGACAGAGGCUGAUAAGUCAGGAUGCUGCCUAGUAGGCUGUCUGCAAGGAGCCUUACAUAUGAAACAGCCUACAAGGCAGCACCCUGAUUUAUCAGCCUCUGAGGCUUCUAUUGAAUUGGAUCAACUUACCAGAAAUAGAUGUCACCUACUUUGGAAUGUAUGCAUCAGCCUAUAUUGCGCUGAGCUAAUCUGCCUGCAAGGAGCCUUACCUAUGAAACAGCCUACAAGGCAGCAUCCUGAUUUAUCAGCCUCUGAGGCUGAAAUGUAACCUGAUCAGCGUGUCAGGAAUGCAGCUCACCCACUGUAAAUGUGUCAGGCAUCGUUCAGGGCUUAAAUGCCUCACUUUGCAAUCAACUCAGCCACAGUGCUCCUUGAUGAAGUGGUUAUCGUGCAUCUGAAGAAAUUAAUGGAUGAUGAGUGGUACUUUUGAUUAUCUUGUGAUCUCGACAAAACAACUUUUGUUAUGAGAUAAAUAUGUCUUGAAAUUCAUAUGUCCUCUCUUGGCUUCCGUAAUACUGUGGUUAUACAAUGAUGUUACUCUUUGACUGCUUUAACUAACCUAUUCUCAAUGGGAAAAUUCAAUGCAUAAUUCUCAAAGGGGUUAUUUUCAUACUUGUAUCUGUAUGCUGUGACAAACGCUUUACAUAAUUUGAUAGGCUCCUUUUGUGAAGUAGAACACUUUGAGCAGCCACCAUACUCUGGGGAGAAAGACUGAAAUUAAUGAUUUACAUAUUUGGAAGAUAUGGAACAAAAUUCCUCUUUAAGCAAUAGAUGUUUUUUAUUUUAGCACCUGACCUCAAAUAAUAAUAGUAUGUUGGAGGCAGAGAAUGUUUGCUGGUGUAACAGUAUAGCUUCUGUCCCUCUCCUCGCCCCAACCUGGGCUUGAACCAGGGACCCUCUGCACUCAGACAACAGUCACCCUUGAAGCACCGUUACCCAUCGCGCCACAAAAGCCGCGGCCCUUGCAGAGCAAGGGGAACAACUACUUCAGGUCUCAGAGCGAGUGACGUCACCCAAUUGAAACGAUAUUAGCGCGCACCACCGCUAACUAACUAGCCAUUUCGCAUCGGUUACACUCACCCCCCUUUUGACCUCCUCCUUUUCUGCAGCAACCAGUGAUCCGGGUCACGGCACCAAUGUAACAUUAUAGCUUCCGUCCCUCUCCUCAACCCAACCUGGGCUUGAACCAGGGACCCUCUGCACACAGACAACAGUCACCCUCGAAGCACCGUUACCCAUCGCGCCACAAAAGCCGUGGCCCUUGCAGAGCAAGGGGAACAACUACUUCAGGUCUCAGAGCGAGUGACGUCACCCGAUUGAAACGCUAUUAGUGCGCACCACCGCUAACUAACUAGCCAUUUCACAUUGGUUACACUGGGAGGGAGUGGUUAACUCAGAGAAAAUGUUGAAUGUGACAUAGUAAUAUGAAUGUAGUGGCAACAAAAUGCAAGUCUAUUGUUCCCAUUUAUUGAUUGUAGUAUCUCACUACUGAAGCACCAUCUUACAACCACUACUGUGUUUUGAACUGUGGCAAAUUUUGAAAUGGCAAAAAAACACUGUCGCCUGAAAAUAUUGGUAGAAAACAGGCUACAUAAUGCUGUUCUUAGAACAGUUUUAGCCAUAGUUCUGCAGGUUCUAUCUUUCUCUCUGGGGGUGGCAGUACGUUUGUUGUCUCGAGGUCUCAGGAGGAUCUGCUUGCUGCAUUGCACUGAUGCGGGAUAUUGACUGUGCCAAACAUAAGCUGUGUUGAGCCGCCUCAUCCACCGCCUGCCGCUUCUCACUCACUUAGCACUUUGAGUAAUUGGUUUCCCAAAUCACUUUCUCAAACUCACACACAUUCUUAUAUAUGUCACAAAUACACACAGGCAUAUUGGGCACGCACACACACACACCUCUUGUUUACCAAUCACCCACUUCAAUCUCAUUCCCUUUACUCCAGUAUUUACUGUUGCUUAUCUGUUUCAUUAUAUUUUCAGCAUGAAGCUGGUGUGUCUCUGAAAACAGUGAACAGAAGCCGCUCAUACGCUAGCCAACACUAAAUAGGCAACUGAACCUGUAUCGCUCACUGCAGAGAAACACAAGCUCUUUUACCAAGACAGAUGGCCUAGUGUCACUGGGUAUUGUUAAAAACAGUCAAUGAAUCAUGCCUGUGCAGAGUUGAUUGUAUUUGGCCUUUCAUGGAUUUCAAAAGGGCAGCAGUGAUAUGGGAGUUUCGUUUCUCUGGAGCACUUUAUUUAAUGACCACCUUCAUAGCCAGGAGUCCCUGCUAUGACGUGGACAUAAACAGUGGAUAUAUCGCAUGCGGGUGAUUAUCAUUAUCCUAGAAAGAUUUAAACCGGUUUGUUGUGUUCAAUUUACCCAUUCGAUAAAUAAUGCCAGCAGAGAAAUAGAGUGAAGUGAAUCGUAUUGUCUUUAAAUCCUUUCUCUGGUGCUUUGGACAGUGUUGAUUGCAUUUUGUGUCUUAGAACGUUUUAUUACCAUAACCAUCCUUUUUUUAAAGGACAGAUGUCUGUCUAUAUGAAGUGUUAAUACAUAUCCAUGUAACAUAUCUGUAACUCCAUAUGUUUCCCUUUACUGAACAUGUACAGUGAAAAUCAAUAAAGUCAUCAACUACAGUA